AUGUGCAGAGGAACGGCUGCAAGGGCUGCAGUACCUCGAUGCUUUCAAUUUUCAUUUCACAUAUUUCACAUUUAUUUUGGGAGUUUUUUUUUGCAUUUUUUGAGAUUUGGAUUUUCAUUUCUUGGAUUUUGGGAUGGGAGAGUGAAAUGCAGAGAUUGUUGGCAUUUCGAUGCCAACUUUGGCCCAUUUUGUGUUGACAGUUUCGAGCUGAGGCCGUUGCUGCGGCUCCCGGACAAGUCCAGCCCCUUUGCCAACUUUGACACUUUUGGAUGGCGAUGGAGCCCUGAUUUAAGCCUUGACGAGAACCUUCUGCGUUUGGCUCUACUGGCGCGUUUCAACACCAUCAAGGUGGCGAAUUACACGGCGGGGCGCUGCAGUUCCAUGAUGUGUCGGCCCCCACGGCAGAUCAACGGCUCCCACGUGGAGAUCGAGGUGAUAGGCUUUGGCAUCAAUAUGCCACCUCGAUUUUCCCGGCACCAAGAUCCAUCCGCUGGGAUCAGACCUUGGAAUCGGAAGGAGCCACCGCAGAAUGAGAUCCAUGCGGAGAUGUCGAUCAUCGGGCGUUGUGCACGAGAAGGCAUCCCAGUGAGAGGCUCCUGGUUUUAUGUGGCGCUACCGCCCUGCUGGGAGUGCUGCAAAGCAUUGGUGGCUGCUGGAGUGGCCCGGGUCUUGUUCAAAGGCAAGGGUCGUCGCGCCUCAGCAACAAUGGUGUUGGACACCAAGGAGAAAGUUUUUGCGGAGGCACAUGGAGUGGCAUGGGAUUAUGCGGAGUUCAGCCUCGAACGCGAAGAAUAUUUGGACGAAAUGUGGGAGAAGUACAAAGAGGACACUGGUCUGGAUCGUGCUGCAGUGAAAGCCAAAGAGUCGUUCCGGCCAGUGCAGAUCAAUGUGUGCCAUCCUGGAGAUGGAUGGCACAGCUGGAGAGGCCUUUGGGAUAAGAUCAAACUUCCUGUCUACGCUGGUUUGUGGUAUUUCUUCAAUGUUCAGUACAAUAUCCAAAAUAAGAAGCUCUUGACCGUGUUCCACGCGAAUUGGGCGGUGUCUUGGUUCCAGCUUGCUGCUGGAAUUCCCAUCGCUUUGUUUAUGUGGACGUCCGGCCUGGUAAAGGCUCCAAAGAUGACCAAAGAUGAUUACCUGAAACUGGCGCCCGUGGGUGCGGCUUUUGCUGCCGGUCAGGUGGCCACAGUAGCGUCCUUGGGCGCCGUUGCGGUGUCCUUUACACACGUGGUGAAGGCCUUAGAACCUGCGGUGAACGCCAUCGCCUCUGCCUUGAUCCUGGGACAGGUAUUUCAUCCCAUGGUCUAUGCAUCGUUGCUGCCGGUCUUCGCCGGGGUAGCCUUGGCAUCCUCCAAGGAACUCUCAUUCACCAUGUUUGGUUUCCUCACGGCCAUGGCCUCCAACUUCUUUUUCGUGACGCGCAAUGUUCUCGCCACGAAGUUUGGUGACGUUGGGGACAUGGGUGAGGACAAGACGCAACGCAAGACUAACCAGCUGGCUGUGCUCACCGGCGUGGCGACGCUGGUGCUGUUGCCAGUGGUUGUGCUGCUACCGGGUGGACUCACUUCAGUUCCAACAGCUUGGAAGGUGCAACGUGAAACACCUGGGCCAUCAGAACAGCUUUCAAUUUUAGUGGCUUCUGGUUGGCCCACAGCAUACCUUUUCACAGAAAUAAGUCAUAGAAAUGCACAGGCAGCUUUGGCCACUGGAACUGCACCGAACAAGCUCUUGUGA